CCGAAACGGAACGGAAGAUAGUCAGACAUACGAACGUACGUUUGUGCGGUGCAUUUUGUGACGAUCCUGUCUCGCUCUCGUUACCCCCGUCAUCGACCCUCCAGCAAGUAGGUACUUGCCCUUUCCCAAAAGCUUCUAUCCAAGGAUCCAUCGGAACACCACCGUCAGUCGACAAUGAGCAGUGCUGAACCGCAGACGAAAAAGACGAAAAUGGCAUCGAGUUUGGAACAGUUGAAGCAGCUCACCACCAUCGUGGCCGAUACCGGCGACUUUGAGGCGAUGAAAACAUACAAACCUACCGAUGCCACCACGAAUCCGUCAUUGAUUUUGUCGGCCGCUGGAAUGGACCAAUAUCAGCACCUGAUCGAUAAGGCCAUCAAGCACGGACAGAAGGCGGGAACGACCGUCGAAGAAAAGGUAGGAGAAGCUGCCGAUAUGCUGUUCGUACUGUUCGGAUGCGAAAUUUUGAAGCUUGUACCGGGGCGCGUGUCGACGGAAAUCGAUGCCCGAUUGUCGUUCAACAAGGAAGCUUCGAUUGCAAAAGCAUUGAAACUUAUUGCCCUGUACGAGGAACUUGGUGUCAAGCGCGACCGCGUGCUGAUCAAGCUGGCCUCGACCUGGGAAGGCAUUCAAGCGGCAAGUGUACUCGAGAAGGAGCACAACAUUCAUUGCAACCUGACGCUACUGUUUUCGUUCGCUCAAGCGGUGGCAUGUGCCGAGGCGGGUGUCACGCUGAUUUCUCCGUUCGUCGGUCGCAUCCUCGAUUGGUAUGUGGCAAAUACCGACCAGAAGACGUUCGAGCCCGAGCAGGACCCGGGCGUUGUUUCGGUGACGAAGAUUUACAAUUACUACAAAAAGUUUGGCUACAAAACCGUCGUCAUGGGCGCGUCGUUCCGCAACGUGGGAGAAAUCAUGGCCCUGGCUGGGUGCGAUCUGCUCACCAUUAGCCCCAAGCUGCUGGGGGAUUUGGAAAAGAGCACCGAGCCGGUGAAGCGCUAUCUCGAUGCCGAGAAGGCGAAGGCGGGCAGUCUGGAGAAGAUCCAGAUGGACGAAGCGACAUUCCGUUGGAUGCUGAACGAAGAUCAGAUGUCCACCGAUAAGCUUUCGGACGGAAUCCGUAAAUUUGCUGCCGAUGGUCGUAAACUGGAAACUAUGCUGCGCGGUUUGAUUCAAGCUUCCGAGUAAGGAUAUAGUUUUUCUCCUGGCAAGUUUCUUAUGCACAAAGUGCAGAUAAAAUGAUUUAAAAAACGCAAACUAGAGGUAAAUGUCGAAGUUUUAUGUAAAGAUGUUUUUUUUCAUGGAAAUAAAUUUUGUUUUCUAACCUUUUGAUAAAUA